UUGUUAUUUUAAUUAUUUCCCUGAUGAAUGUAUCUAAAAACAAAAUAAGAUUUCUUUUAUAAAAUUAAACUUUUAAUAUUUACAAGUAGAUAUACAUUAAUAAUAAUAAUUUGAACGUAAAAUGUACGUAAUAAAGUGUAAUAUGAAUCUAGCGAGUGCUUAUUGUGAUACGAAUGAAGUAAAACAAGAUUUUGACCCUAUUAACUCUUGUCGGGUGUGCCUUUCACAAAAUAUUAAUAUGGUAAAUAUAUUUGAAGACAGUAAUAAUGAAAUAAUGGAUAAAAUUGAGUUCUGUACUGGCAUUCAAUUGAAAGAAGAAAAGGGCCUACCCACAAAUAUAUGUGAUAACUGUUUAAAAGAACUAUCAAUAGCUUACAAGUUCAAAGCUAUAUGCCUCCUCUCAGCGCAGACGCUCCAACAGAUUCAUUUAAAGAAAGUAAAAGUUGAAUUAUCGGACAAAAAUGAAGAUGUACUCAUUACCGUCAAAAUCGAUGAAGUUAACGAUAGUUGUGAUUUAAAAGAAGUGGAAGUUGAGAGAGAUGUUUGCGAAGAUUAUUCAUCGGAUAAAGAAGAAAAAUGCCUACCGAAUAUUGCAAAAGUUGAAGGACCAAAGUUGUUAACAGAAAAGCAGAGUGAAACAGAAAACAAGGUGAUAAGUAAACGCGGCCCGUACAAGAAGGGUGGGAGUCCACGCGUGAGGAAGUUCAAGUUCAGUCGGUUAAGGUGUGAACCGUGCAACCUCAAGUUUACGUCCAAGCAGGAGUCGGACAAGCACAAGAAGGAAGUGCACUUGGAGAAUACGAGCUGGAUAUGUGAAGUGUGCGGCAAGGCGUUCGUGCACCGCAGCUCGCUGUACACGCACGCGCGCUCGCACCUCCCGCCGCGCUACGCGUGCGAGCACUGCGACUACAGCUCCGGCAUCAAGUACGACCUCGAGAAGCACCUCCGGACGCACUUCGGCGUGAAGAAGUACGCGUGCGCCUCGUGCGCGGCGCGCUUCCACACGACGUCCAACCUGCGCUCGCACGAGCGCCGCGCGCACCGCCCGCCCGACCAGCGCUACGCGUGCGCGCGCUGCGAGCGGCGCUUCCACGACCGCACCAAGCUGCGCCGGCACCUCGACGCGCACGACCACGUCAAACGGUUUAAAUGCGAUCACUGUCUCGCGCGAUUCUCUCGUCGCUGUCACUGGAAGCGGCACCUGGAGAGACAGCACGCCGUGUCGGUGCCCCCCCAGCGGCCCGGCCGGCGACCCACGCGCCUGCUGCUCGGGGAGCAGCCGCAGUGACGCGCAGCGACGCGGGGACACUCGUGGCGACUCGCAGGCCGCCGGGAGAGGAUCUCUUCGUGACGGUGCGCGACGUCGACGCGACGCGACGCGACGCGCCGAGUGAGAUACGGUUACGGAUCGUGUUCAGUACGUGUUCACUGAAAUGAGAAUUCUUUCCAGGUCACAUCACGAGCGGCCGAGGGUGGAUCGCUCCAGCGAUCGGUCUACCAGGUUUUCUUGUACGAUAUCACAUCACGAAGCGACGAGUGGCGAACGAACGGACGGACGGACGGAGCGCAUAUCUUUGCGUAAGAGACGUCUUCGGUAGAGACGAUCGUACGUAUGGUACUCGAAGUUGCUGAGAUUAGUACCCCACGUCCGACCGUACGACAGACUCGCUGUACGAUAUAAAUACGCCUAUCUAUUUACAUCUUCACUCGAGUUCACGAUAUUCAUAUAUGUACAUAU